CAGCUGAUGCACUGAGAAGAGCUCCAGCUGGUCGGGUAACAUGGCGACGACGUUCGGUGAGGGCGUCUCCGCAGAGCUGGCGCAGCGCCUGAUGAAGCGCCUGGACCUUCAGGGUGAAGACGUGCGCCGCGUGCCCCGCGGGCCCCGGCCGCGCAGCCCCCGGGAAGCGGCGACGCCGGGCGUGGGCAAAAGUGCGAGACAGGUGGCCCUAAUGGAACAACUUGAGCAAGCAAAGAAGGAGCGUGAUGAUGCUCUGAAGCAGAUUCGUGACAUUCACGAUGAAGCCUGCAGAGAAAAUGCCAAGCGAAAUCGAGAGAUCAACGAGUUCCGGGUCCAGAAGGGUCACACCAAGGCCAAGUUCGAUCAAUUGGAAGCGUGCGUUCAGUCGCUGAACCGAAGCAACACCGACUUCAUGCGACGCCAAGUCAGUCUGGAGGAAGCCAAAACCGAGAUCCAGGCUGAGAUCAAAAAGUCACAGGCCAUGGUACAACGCCUCGAGAAGGAAGUGCAGAUGGCCAAGCAACCCACAGAAAGCAUGAGAG